AUGGUGUCCUUCUCCUGCGAGGGCUGUGGAGACGUCCUCACAAAGAAGAAGCUUGACGGGCAUCGUAACCAAUGCUAUGGCGCUUCCUUUACCUGCCUCGACUGCAUGGUCCACUUCCCAGGAACCUCGUACAAAUCUCAUACGGCCUGCAUAACCGAAGACCAAAAGUACCAGGGCAAACUCUACAAAGAGAAGAAGAAGGGCCCGCAACAGAAGAGAGACAGCGCCUACCACGACAACUCUCAAGCCAUCACUCCUCACAACGCAUCCGUCGAAGAAGCGCGCAAUGAUGACAACGCCGUCGCAGUCGUGGAUGCCCCGCCUCGUGCGCCCACUCCUCCGCCAGCGGCGCACUCUCUAGGCUAUCACCAGCAAGAGGCUAUUGAGGCUCCUAAUGUCUUCGAUUUCCUUGACCCCUCGUCGACACCCAAUGUUCCGAGAACGAGCGCGCCCAUCAACGAAGCGCGCAUGCUUGAAGACAGUCAGCCACCUGCAUACGAGGAGCAGUACAUGCCUACAAUCGCCGACGUCAUGAAGUUCCAGGUGCCCGACGACGACGAGUCCUUUGCACAAAACGGCUUCUCGUACGGGAACGAGCAAGUUCGUCCUUCCAAUGAGCGCUACGACUCGUACACUACACCUGCCUCCAAGUCAAAGCACUCGAGGAACAAGUCGCGCGACACGGAUGUUGAAACCACGUCGAAGAAAACCGAUCGCAAGCGCAAGCGCAAUUCGCCCAGUGAACUCGAUAUGUCGCUAGUCCGCGCCCAGGAGGAAAGAGACACUAUGAUGGCAGAUGCGCCCGCGACGCUUCACUCUGGUCUCACUGGAGGGCUGAACAGACUGCUUGCCCGACCUGAGUUCCCACCUUCGCCGGAUGACUCUGGUGACUAUGUCAACUCGCCUCUGAGCCCCAUGAAACGCGCCAAGCAGGGUAACUCGAAGGCUCUUAUGCGCGCGCAGCGAGAAUACGAGGCGGAGCAAGCUAAGCAGCGCAAGGCUGACACCAAGGCUCGUGAGCAAGCAGAGAAGAAGGAAAAGGACAGGGGCCGCGAUAAGGAGCGCAAAGAGCGCAAGGCUAGCACUGCUCUCGUCAAGAUCAGGCCCAAGAAGAAGCGCGAGGAUUCUACAACUGAGGUUCGCCGAGUCCGUCGUCGGCAAUACUCGUCUUCUGUGUCGCCACCACCGCGCGAGAGCAAAGCGGUCAAGGCCAUUGAGUACCAUCGUUCGGCAACAAACUCUCCGGAGCCAGAUGGCCAAGGCCAGCUGAUUGUGCGGCCCACCGGAGACGUGGCACCUAUCUCUUCGCCUGCAGGACUGUUCAUGUCCUUCAUCACCAAGGGUCCAGACUCCGAGCGCGGCAUGAGUGUCAACAAGGCUCUGAAACGGUAUCAUCGCGAGCGUCACGAGCACCAUGCCCGCGCGCCCUCCAAGGCUGAUGACGAGAAAGAGCUCUGGAAGGAUCUACGUCUCCGAAGAAAUGAUAGGGGCGAGAUUGUUCUAUUCUAUGCUCCUAACGAGGCUUCGUGA